UUUAGGCCACAGGGCGGGGCAAACCCUGUGAGGUCACCAAGCCCUGGAUAAAGGGGUGCAGAGCACGCGCAAGUAGCAGAGCCUUCAUUCGCUGGAGUCAGGACCCCAGACAUGAAGCUCAUCUUCCUCGCCCUGUUGUCCUUCGGGGCCCUUGGACUGUGUCUGGCCGUCCCUAGGAGAAGCGUUCGGUGGUGCACCACAUCAAAACAAGAGGCAGUAAAAUGCUCCAAAUUACAACGGAAUCUGAGAAAAGAGCGCGGCCCCUCUAUCUCCUGCAUAAGGAAAGCCUCCCCCACCGAAUGUAUCAAGGCCAUCGCAACAAACAAGGCAGACGCUGUGACCCUGGAUGCCGGUUUGGUGUUUGAGGCAGGCCAGGAACCCUACAAACUGCGCCCUGUAGCAGCAGAGGUCUACGGCACCGAGGAACAGCCACAAACCCAUUACUAUGCCGUGGCCGUAGUGAAGAAAGACAGCAACUUUCAGCUGAAUCAAACACAAGGUGUGAAGUCCUGCCACACCGGCUUCAACCGCUCUGCCGGGUGGAACAUCCCUAUGGGCACCCUGCGUCCACACCUGAACUGGGCCGGGCCCCCAGAGCCCCUUCAGGAAGCUGCGUCCAAAUUCUUCUCCGCCAGCUGUGUGCCCUGCGUGGAUGGAACACAGUAUCCCAGCCUGUGUAGCCUGUGUACGGGGACAGGGGCAGACAAAUGUGCCUGCUCUUCCCAGGAGCCGUACUUCGGCUACUCUGGUGCCUUCAGGUGUCUGAAAGACGGAGCUGGAGACGUGGCUUUUGUCAAGGAGAGUACCGUCUUUGAGAACCUGCCAGAGAAGGCCGACAGGGACCAGUAUGAGCUGCUCUGCCCAGACAAUACUCGGAAGUCAGUGGAUGAAUACAAGGAGUGCCACCUGGCCCGGGUCCCUUCUCAUGCUAUUGUGGCCCGAAGUGUGAAUGGCAAGGAGGACUCGAUCUGGAAGCUUCUCAACCAGGCACAGAACAAGUUUGGAAAAGGCAAGUCAUCGGCAUUCCAGCUCUUCAGCUCCCCUCCUGGGCAGAAGGACCUGAUGUUCAAAGAUAAUGCCCUAGGGUUUGUGAGGAUCCCUUCGAAGAUAGAUGCUGGGCUGUACCUUGGUUCCAAGUACCUCACAGCCAUCAGGAACCUGAAGGAAACGGCUGCGGAGGUGGAGAAGCGGCGUGAGCAAGUCGUGUGGUGCGCGGUGGGCCCCGAGGAGCAGCGCAAGUGCCAGCAGUGGAGCAACCAAAGCUCGGGGAAAGUGACCUGUGCCACAGCCGCCAACACCGAGGAUUGCAUCGCCCUGGUCCUGAAAGGAGAAGCUGAUGCUAUGAGUUUGGAUGGAGGAUUUAUCUACAUCGCAGGCAAAUGUGGUUUGGUGCCUGUCCUGGCAGAGAGCCAGAAAUCCGAGAAAAACAGUGACACAGACUGUGUGAAUAGACCCGUGGAGGGGUAUCGUGCUGUGGCGGUUGUCAGGAAAUCAGAUGCUGAUCUCACCUGGAAUUCUCUGAGAGGCAAGAAGUCCUGCCACACUGCUGUGGGCAGGACUGCAGGCUGGAAUAUCCCCAUGGGCCUGCUCUUCAACCAGACAGGCUCCUGCGAUUUUGGUGAAUUCUUUAGUCAAAGCUGUGCCCCUGGGUCAGACCCGAGCUCGAAUCUCUGUGCACUGUGUAUUGGCAACGAGGCAGGCGAGAACAAAUGCGCGCCCAACAGCAAUGAGAGAUACUAUAGCUAUGUCGGGGCUUUCAGGUGCCUGGCUGAGAAUGCUGGAGACGUUGCUUUUGUGAAAGACACCACUGUCUUGGAGAACACUGAUGGACGUAGCACUGAAGCAUGGGCUAGGGAUUUGAAGCUGGAGGACUUUGAGCUGCUGUGCCUUGAUGGCACCCGGAAGCCUGUGACUCAGGCUAACAGCUGCCACCUGGCCACGGCCCCAAAUCAUGGAGUGGUAGCUGAGAAAGAGAAGGUAGAACACCUGGAACAGGUGCUGCUCGACCAACAGGUUAAGUUUGGAAGAAAUGGACAAGAGUGCCCGGGCAAGUUUUGUUUGUUCCAGUCUGAAACCAAAAACCUUCUGUUCAACGACAACACUGAAUGCCUGGCCAAACUCCAUGGCAAAACGACAUAUGAAACAUAUUUGGGACGAGAGUAUGUCACGGCGGUUGGUAAUCUGAGACAAUGCUCCACCUCCCCACUUCUGGAAGCCUGCGCCUUCCUGAGGAGGUAAAACCCAAAAAGAUGGCCCACGCUCCCCUCAGGGAGCCCCAGCCCUUCACCGCUCCCGGCCCCAAGCCCACUGGGGCCGCCUUCUCCCUUCCUGAGGUGCAGUUUUCUAGUCACAUAUGCUUUCACGAUUCCCUGCUGUUAUCUUAGCAAGAAAUAAAAUCAGAAAUGCUGUUGAUUUGCA